AUGGAUUCAUCUUCAUCAACAAAACUUCUAGAUAUUGAUGUGAAGGUAACUGAUGUAUACUACCAUCGAAAAGAAGUCCUUAUAAAAUUUCAAGGCCAAUUUAACACAGAAUGUGAGCUUGAUUAUCAUAUAUUGCAAAAAGAAAUUCAGCAAGUACCAAAAGUGAAAGCUUCUGUUGCAGUUGGUGAAUUCUGUUUAGUCAAAGAUUCAGAGUGUGGAGAUUGGUACAGAGGAAAAGUAAUUAAGAAAAGGCAUGAUACCUAUGAUGUACAUUUUGUGGACAAUGGAAAAAUACUGGCAGUGCAUGAAGCUCACCUUGCAUCUUCUAUUGCUGAAUUGUUUCAGCUUCCUCCAAAGAUGGUUUAUGGGAUUUUUGCAAAUGUCCUUCCUAUUGAAGAAAAGUGGACUGCCCAAGCUUUUAAUUACUUUUCAUCUUUGAUAGGUUUGCAGAUUAAAGGUCAUAUACAAGCCACUCUGCCAAACCAAAUGUUUCUUCUUCAUGUGCCCAAAAUUGCUACUGAUGUGGUUGAAUUCAGAAUAGGAAAACUUGUUAAUAAGGAUACUUUCUGUCUUCUUGUUGAAAUGUUAACUGCAUUUCCACACGAGUCGCUUUGUAAACAAAUGCCGGAUUUACCACAACAGAAAUGUACAAGGCCAGGUACACUAUUUUGUGAUGCUGGGAUUCAACCAAAUAUUCCACCAGUUCUAAGAAAUCUUCAACCAAUUUUAUCUGUUGGUGCUGUAGAAAAAGUAAAAAUAUCAGUAGCAGUUAGCCCCAGUAAGUUUUAUUGCCAAUUACUUCAACAACAGACACAGCUGGAUACAUUGACAAGAGACAUGCUUUCCUAUUAUGAAUCUAUUAGCAGAGUAAAACUUCCAUCUUGUGACAAUUUUGGAGCCCUUUGCGCAGCUAGACAAAAAAACGGUCAGUGGCAGAGAGGAGUAAUACAACAGCUACUUUCUGACAAAGUGAAGAUUUGGUUUAUGGAUUUUGGCAACUAUGAAGCUGUGUCUUCUGAGUAUAUUUUGAAGCUUCCCCCAGAAUUUAUUUCAGUACCUAUGUUUUCAUUUCCUUGUGCUCUAUCAUGUCUUAGUGAUCAAGAAGAAACGGAAAGAAAUGCUCAGCUAGAAGAAUUUAAAGAAAUUCUAUUAACACAACAGUCUACUUUGGCCCAAAUAGAUCGGUUCGAUAGUAAAGAGCACAUAUAUUAUGUUACGUUACGUAAAUGCGCAUUGACACAGACAAGUGAAAAUCUAUCUCGGGAAAAUGAUGUGGAUCCAAAAUACAACACAGAUGCCUCUUGUACAAGCGGGAAUGUACAAAAUCCUAGGGUGAACUUGGCAGAGAAGAUUUACAGUACUACUCAACAAUCAAGUUAUUCCUCAAAUCAAAAGGAUACUCAUUUACUGUGUUCACCUUUAACAGUUCCUUACAAAAGAGCAGAAAUGAAAAUAAGUUCAGUUUGUGUUGCUUUUGCAGUUUAUGUUUUGAAUCCAUCGAAUUUCUGGGUGCAAACGAAUGAUUUCUCAGAUGAGUUUGAAGCUUUAAUGAAGAAAAUUGCAGAUGUGUAUGAUGGAGUUGAAGUCGAUGAUAAAAUUCUAGAAAACCCAGAACCUGGAAGACUCUGUUGUGCACGAUAUAGCAAGGAUAAGUAUUUUUAUAGGGCUGUCAUUAGACAAAUUGUAGACAAUAAUGCUGAUGUUUAUUUUUUAGAUUUUGGGAACACUGACACAGUGCCACUGUUUGAUGUGAAGAUUUUGCUUCCAGAGCUUCAAGAAUUACCGGCAUUAGCCAUGUGCUGUACACUUGCUAAUGCAUUUCCAAUUGAAGAUAUAUGGACUAAAAAAGAAACAGAUUUCUUUAAAACAAUUGUGGUUGACAAACCAAUCACACUGCAUGUCAUUGCAAAACAAAAGGAGAAUUACAUUGUCAAUGUGCAGUGUAUGAAUGGCUCCAAGCAGACUGAUGUUCUCGGGCUUAUGAUUGAGGCUGGAUGUGCAGAAUUUUGGGAAGUAAAACAAGAUCCAUUUCAGAAAACAGUAAGGGGCUUUCCACGAAACUUCUCAAAAAAAAAUAAAAACAGAAAAAUACUAAGUAAAACAUCUAUUCAGAAAAAUAAAGUAGUGAUACCUCACACUACUGAUGAGAAUAAAAAGCUGAAUACUCAUGUUGUGACAAAAGGGAAUGCUAGCGUUUUUCUACAAUGGAAAAACAUACUUUCUAAUAAAGAUGAGCAAAUGUUUGAGAAAACAGAUGGAGGAGAAUACUAUAAAGAGUACAAAUUUAAACCAGGUUGUGUGUUUGAUGUUGUAUGCUGUCAUAUUAUUUCACCAGGCAGUUUUUUAUGCCAGAUACAAAAUAAGCUACCUGAGCUAAAUAAUAUGAUGGAACAAAUUCAGAAUUUUUACAACACUCAAAAAAGACCUUAUGAAAGUGGAAAGCUUGCCUGUGUUGUGAAACAUUCUACAGAUGGAAAAUGGUACAGAGCUGUUGUACUGAAAUAUGUAUCCCAAACUGAAACUGAUGUGAUAUUUGUAGACUAUGGUAACAGGGAAAGAGUUUUGUUGAAAGAUCUUCAAGCUAUUCAUCCAGACUUCUUAAUUUUGGAAUGUCAAGCAUUCAGAUGUUGUCUUAACAGUGUCAGUGAAUCCUUAAUAUUUGACCCCUAUAUUUGGACUGCUGAGAUAUGCAGCGAAUUUAAAAGAUUUGUUUCAUCUUCCAAUGAACAACUGAUUUGUUCAAUUUGUGCCCUGGUUUUUAAGCCUCCCAACUACUUAUAUUACAUUGUUGAUUUGAAGAGUCCGUUUACUAGUUUAAGGCAAUUUCUCUUUGAAAGUGACCAUGCACAAAUUUACUCUUUUGAAUGUGCACAAUCUCUUGUAACGCCAUUUUCUCUAUGUAGCUUUUAUUAUUCAUCUUUUAAUAUGGAAGUUGGAAAUGAAGAGAAAGUACAUCUAUCCUAUAUAUAUAGCCCUACAAAAUUCUACUGCCAGUUAAGUAGAAAUGCAAAUGAGAUGGACAAGAUACAUAAAAAGAUUUCAGAAAUUAGCCCCAAAACAAACCAUGUAAUCCAAAUGAAUACUCAGAGUUUAUGCAUAGCAAAAUAUUUUGAGGAUGGAGACUUCUAUAGAGCUUUAGUAUCUCCUAAGGAAACAUCAGAUUUCUACCCAGUAUAUUUUGUGGACUUUGGAAAUAAACAAUUGGUAGCCGAAGAGGAACUAGUUCCUAUUCCAAACAGUGCUUCAGAAUUAAUGUUCACACCCAUGCAAGCUAUUAAAUGUUAUUUAUCAGGUCUAAAGGAUGUUGAAAUUCCGUCUAAAAUGAAAGCAUGGUUUGAAAAAAAAUAUUUGGAAAAAGAGUUGAAGGCUGUAGUAGUAUCUAAAGAAUCUGAUGGGCAGUUCGGUAUGGAGUUGUAUGAUGGAGAACUACAAAUAAAUGCAAAGAUUAAACAUUUACUAAAGCAAAAAAGUGAUCUGAACCCAAAGGAUAAAAAGAAAGCUUUAAAAAAAUGUGUUGGGAAUAAACAUAGGCCUUGUAAAAUAGAGUUGAAUAUAGAGAGAAAAAAAGUUAAAAGUAAAGAAAUUGGACAGCAAAUAAAAGCCAGCAAUGAUAAGUUACCUUCUAAAUAUAGGAACAAAAAAGUAAUUGAUCAACAGAAACAGGAUAGUGGACCUGCAAAGUUUCCUUUGACUUCGGAUUUUUCAGAUUUCAUGUUGAAAAAAGUUUUGAGAUACAGAUAUAAAAGUACUCACAAAGAACCCAAUACUGAUACCAUUGAUAAACUUAAUGAACCGUCAGAGAAAAUUAAAAAUAAAAGGACUGGAUUAUAUAGACUAAAAUACACUGAUCUUCCCCAACUUGACAUUCUUCUAAAUUCUGAAGUCUGGGGUUAUAUGUCUUAUAUAGUUAAUCUUUCAAGUUUCUAUGUUCAUCGUUCAGAGGAUGAAAAUAAAAUUGUGCAACUUGCUGGGGAACUGAAUAGAAAAACUCUGGUUAAAGAAUCAGUAAUAGAGGUUGAACUUGAGAAAGACGAUAUUGUUUUAGCAAAAUAUGAAGGUGAUUGUUGCAUAUAUCGAGCUUUAAUUAGAAAAGUCCUAGCCAAUAAGUUUUUUGAAGUAGAGUUUAUUGAUUAUGGCAACAUAGCAACUGUGAAUUCAACAAACAUCUACAGAAUUGGAAAGUAUUUACUCGAUUUACCAAGACUCAGCAUACAUUGCUUCCUUAGUAAAGCAAAGUGCUUGUUUUCAAAUAAAAACUGGAGUACUGAUAUGGAUGCUUACUUUAUCAAUGAGGUAAAUAAUCAGCCAGUCAUGAUUAAGUUUCUACAACAGUAUGACCAACAGUGGGAGGUUGACAUAAUGUGUCAUGGAAUAUUUAUCUCUGAUAAAUUAAUAGAGAGAGAAACCCUUUUAGGUUUCGAGAACAUACUUUCACUAAACUAUGACCAGAACAUGAAACAAUUCCCAACAAUAGAUUCAGAAACUCUUAGUAAUAAUCCAGGUAAAAAAUCAGAAAGUCAAACAUCAUGUGAAAGCAUUAAAAUCAAACCUACUAAGAUUGGCUACCAAAAUAUAAAGCCUGGACAGAUAGAAAUAGUUGAAGUUGGUCAUAUUUCAAGUAAUGGGAACUUCUAUGUGAGGUUAACUAAGGAUGCACAAACAAUGCUCAAUUUGAAUGUACUAGUUGCUCAAGAAGUAGAGAAAAAGUGCUUUAUUGCUAUGGAAGAGAUUAGAGAAGGAUUGGAAUGUUUGGUAAGAUCAAACAAACCCUUGGGAUGGUAUCGAUCUGAAGUUAUUAAAAAAUAUGUGAAGGAGGAAUGUAUGCUGGUCCUUUUUGUGGAUUUAGGAGAGUAUGAAAUGGUGUCACUGCAUGAUACACAUGUGCUGAGUGAAAAAAUAAGGUGUAUUCCCAGGAAUGCAGUUCUUUGUAGAUGGAUUUGGAUUGGAAAUCUAAGCGAUUUGUCUUUUGAGGGAAUGAUGGAGAAGGUUAAAUAUUGUGAGAUAAAGAUUAAAUUUUUUGAAUACUUAGAAUCUGAGCUUAUUUGGGAAGUAGAUCUUUUUAUAGAUGGAAUUUUAUUUUUGGAAUAUUGGAAUCAAAUAUCUAAACAAACAAAAUUAGAGGGACAUAACUUAUUAGGGACAGUGAAUGUCAGCAAAUCACUUGAUAUCUCAGUCAGAUCAAGUUCAAUUUCAUGGGCACAAUUUCAGAAGGAUAGUCACUAUCCUGGAUUUGUAACAUCGGUCAUUGAUCCUUCAAACUUCUGUAUUCAGUUUGGAGAUUCAUUUAAAACUCUGAUAUCCUUGUUCAAAAUGCUCUCUAAUCUUCCAGAAAGCCUCCCAACUAUGCCACAAGAAUGUAUGAUUCCUGGUGCCACCUGCUUAAUAAAAAAUGGACCUAAUGGAAGCUGGAACAGAGUUGAAGUUUCUGAAGUGCUCAAAGACUCUAGUACGUUAAUGCUUACUUUUAUUGAUGAUGAGGGGUUAUCAGUUCCCCUUCCCAUCUCGGAUGUCUCUAAGCUGAAGAUUAUCCCAGAAAAGCUAGCUAGUUUACCACGAUUAACCUAUCCUUGCUCAUUGUUUGGAGUGACACCUGCUGAUGGGAAACAUUGGAGUGAUGAAGCCAAACUUAUAAUUCAAGAAUUUCUUGGUAGACAAGGUCUCACAUUCCAAUUCAAACAGCCUCAUUGUGGACUGAAGCUAGAAGUAGAUGUUUUUUUUGGGCAAAACAAUGCCGCAGAUGUAUUGGUUGCUUCUGGUUGUGCUUUGUAUUCUAAAACUGCAUCUUUUGGAUCAGCUAGCUGUGAUGACCUUCAGCUACCAAAUUCACGUACUAUUUAUGAUCCACUGUCCAUUCAGAAGAUCUCUAAACCACAGAUUGCCACAAAGAGAGACCAGAAAGGUCCACAGAAUUCAGAUGUGCAAUUGAAAUGUGUUGAUUUAAAAAAAUUAGAGGUGAAGAGCUCCAAAAAACUACGUGGUAAAAAAAAAGACUCUCGGAUGAAUUUCUUCAAUAAAAGAAAUUAUAGAAGUCUGCACAACCAGAAUGAGAAAUUAUUUAAUCAAUGUUGUGACAGAGAACAACUCAACCAAACAUAUUCUACAACCGUAUCAAAGGCUUCUGACAAGUUGAUUUUGGACUCCCAAGAAUGCUCAGAUCCAUGAAGAAAAUUGAACACUUACAAGGUUAAAAUCAGAGUAAAUGGAUUAUCACAGUUGACAACUAUUAAUGGACAAAAGAUCAACCUUCAUUUGAAAAGCAAUGCAGGAACAGUAUGCAGAACGUGUUCUAUUUAUAAAUUUAUCAUUUAUAGAAAUCCAGACCAGAGGCCCAUAACUAUUAAAAAGUGUAAAGGGUCCAUUAGUAUUCUGGUUUGGUUCCCUUCGUCCCCUGCCAUAUGCAUAUAUUUUUAUGUCUUUGAAAAGUCUCUAUUGAAGAUUGAUUUAACAUUGGGAUGAUGACAGCAUGGAAAAAGAAAUACUUGGGAAUAAGGUUUUCAGCGAAGCUAAUCUGUUACCUUACUGGACAAAGACCAUCUUGCAAUUGGUGCUAGAUUUUUAUUAUUAUGCUAAACUUUGUGCUUAUAUGUAAUGAUCAUUUGGAAUUUUGUUUAAUUUCAGAAGUGAUUAGGAACUAUCAGUUUUUUUUAAAAUUAAACGUAAUAACAAUGUAUCACAAGAGACAGUUGGUGUGCUUUGGCCUUUGCGGAUGUUGAAAAAAAAUGCAGAAAUAUGAAAAUCAAGAACACUUGUUCUAUAUGUUACUAAGUUUGUGAGGUGUGAGGCAUACAGUUGUCUAGAUUGUAUAGCUGCCAAAUGUUGUUGAUUUGUUUUUACUAGGAAAAAGUUUGAAUUUAAACUAAUAUAAUAUGAAAAUAAUCUCUUUAUUUAUUCUGACCAUUUCGAUGUAAGUACAUUUCAGUAAAAUGCAGAUUUCGCUAUGGACUUCCAUACGUCCUAGCCAUUCCAGUUUUCUUCCACAAUGCUCUGUUUUGCUUACUACCACAAAAAGGCUCCAUCUAAACUGCAGAAUAUAUUAAGACAGAUGUAAAUCUCAAGGUAUUUCAUUAAUUACAGGGAAGCUUAAUGCUGAGUUGAUUGCUACCAAUUCUUGCCUGUUGGCAAGUACUAUCAUUUCAUAAGUUAUAUCCAUUUUCUUUUGUUACACUUAGUGACUUGUGCAUUCUCUCAUGGGAGAGAGAAUGAGUGACAGGUAUACAGAAAUCAUGUUUUAAAACCCAGUUAAAUCUUAUCUGUGCACUAGGAUGCUUAGAAGUUGUAUAUAUAUUUUAUUGCAGGUUGUACUGCAUUGAACCUCAUCAGUGAGGAUUUUCCAAUAUUGUUUAGAGGUAUUGUAUUGGUAUAUAGGUGUUGUAGGUAUUGUUUAUACCUACAGUAUAUUGGAAGAACACUCUCCUGACAGCCUGAACCUUUCUCUUAGUUUUUUUUUUGUUUAAUCCUACACAUUUUAACAGUUCUAAUAACUACAUUUUGAAACACAUAAGUUGAUUUAACUGAAUUACCAGCGCUGAAUUAGCACAUUUGAGUAAGACAUGAUUAAUGUAAAUGUCUUAAAAGCGCUACCAAAAGAAAAUCAAGCUUCCAGCUAGCCCCGGGGCUUGUUGGAAGUAACAGUGAAAUAUUUCUUCUUGUAACAGGCAAGAACAGCAGGAGUUAUAAUUUUUUUUAUAUCUAUACGAAACCAAAUAGGAUGCCCGUGUAAAAUUCAAAUUAGUUUCUAAAGGCUUUAGUGUUAUAUGUAUAACUACUGAUGAGUACUGGUGAGAAAACACAUCUUGUGGUUUAUAUGGUGUAAAUAUGAGUUUUCUUGCUGAGCGCCCUGAAAAUAAAAAAGACGUGUUUGGAUAUUUCAUGAUGUUCAUAAAGUACAGUGUAUUUUUCUUUAAAUAAAAGAAUAUUCUUUGACUCCA